AGAGAAACGAGAUAACCCAAUAAACUGUUAGCCAUCAUUCAUGAACUGAACACAACAUGCCAACAUAAAUAGAAUUUGAGAAAAUCAUAAAACCAUAACUCGCUGAUAACACCUCGAAUACGCGCGUUCUGGCGAUAAUCAUUAACUUUAUUCCACUCUUUAUAUGCCUGUCACCGGUAACUAAGAGAAUCGUUUUCGCGGAUUUAUACUUUGAACUUGGAGACCCGACUAGGCGUAUAGUUUUGUUAAACGAAAGCUCACUCUUUAUAUGCCUGUCACCGCUGUCGCGGAUUUUUUGUUCGGACUUGAAGACCCGACUGGGCGCAUAGUUUUGUUCAAAGGAAACUUAUUCUUUAUAUGCCUGUCACCGGUACUUAAGAAGCGCGUAUUAGCGGAUUUAUAAUUUGGACUUAAGACCUGACUGAACGUACAGCUUUGUUUUACGGAAGCACAGAUUAACAAGUUAAGCCAUUCCAAGCAAUAUUUUUAAACGUACCACCGAGUUCCUUGCUUUAUGGAUCAAUAACUUGGACUUGAAUACCCAACUGUGCGUAAAGUUUUGUUGUACGGCAGCUGUCGACAAAAACAUAUAAAUUUAUAAUUUUAAUUAACGUAAGAAGUUUCAAAAGUUACUAGUAUUUAAAAACGUACCACUGGUUCUUAGAGAGGUCGUCUUUAACUUGGACUUGAAAACGCAACUAAAGGUAUAGUGUUGUUGUACGGAAACUGUCGAAAACAUUAAUAAUUUGAAUUAAUAUCCGAGGUUGUACUGCGUUGUUUCAAACUAGAUCAGUAGUUAUUACUACUUGGGUGGUGAAUCACUGACUGAACACACACUGUGUAUACUUGUCAUCGGAACUUAAAGUGUUAAUCUUCGCAGAUUUAUAACUCUUGACGACAAAACUUAAAAAAAAACCUGUCCAAGAAAGAUAUACAUUAUUAAAUCACACGUACAUCUCAGCGGUUCUAGUGCGCUUCAGAAGUUAUUUGUAGUUCCAAGCUAAACACUUUUAUUUGAUAUCUUAACGCUACGCUACUGUCGCUGUUUUCGUCUGUGUCAGACGGGAUAACUUUUACCGUUGGAGAGAAAUGUCAAUACAAGAAGCAAACAUGGCGUUUAAUAACUUGACUAACUGUUCGGAUGUGACUUUUAAUAACUGUAGUAGUUUAAGUGACGAACUGUCCAGUCUGGCUAGUUUAUUAAAUACUAGUCUGUAUACAGAUGAUAACGUUACUGAUAACAUUUACAAUGGAACUACGCGACGUCCCAUAGGUGUUGUUAUGGGCAUACAGAUUGCGCUGUACCUUAUAAUCUUUUUAUUGGGUGUGGUUGGGAACGUGUUAGUGAUAGUGACAUUGAUACAGAAUCAGAAGAUGAGGACUGUGACCAAUGUUUUCCUAUUUAAUCUGGCUUUAAGUGAUCUGUUGCUGGUGGUGUUCUGUAUGCCUUUCACCCUCAUACCGGUUAUCAUGCAGAACUUUAUAUUUGGGGAGAUAAUGUGUAUACUCAUCAGAUAUCUACAAGGUGUUUCUGUAGCAGUCAGUUGUUUUACCUUGGUGGCCAUCAGUCUAGAGAGAUACUUCGCCAUUUGUCGACCAUUACGUUCUAGACAAUGGCAGACCUUGUCCCACUCCUAUAAAGUCAUCGUCGUUUGUUGGGUUCUUGCGUUUGCUUUGAUGUGGCCAAUAGCUGCCUACCAGCGACUGAAGACUCCGGGUUAUGGUAUCUACAGAUGUCAAGAGGAUUGGGCUAGUAUAGAAUGGGAGAAGUUUUACACCAUCUUCCUAGAUUGUAUGCUUCUGGUGGUGCCAGUUAUUAUUAUGUCGUUCGCCUAUGGAAUGAUAAGUUAUAUAUUGUGGGUCGGCAUGAAACUUGAAUAUCAAUCAGAACAAGAGAAACGAAGCAAUCGGGCUGAAUACAACCACAAUAGUAAUGGAACAGGUCAGCCUGCUAUUUCUGUAAUGAACGAAGCGGAAUAUCCAAUGAAUAUCCAGUCAACCGGAAGUCGACCGUUUCGCCGAUUUGAACAGCAACGAGCAUUAAGACAGUCAAAUAGUGUAAGGAACCGUGCAGUAAAGAAAAGGCUGAUUAAAAUGUUAUUCGCCAUUGUUCUUGAAUUCUUCAUCUGUUGGGCGCCGAUUUACAUUCUUUACACGUGGUUAAUCUUUGAUAAAGAGGGCGUCCGACGCCAUGUAAGCGGUUUGGCGAAAUCCCUCAUUCAUUUGUUGUCAUACGUAUCCUCAUGUUGUAAUCCCAUUACAUACUGUUUCUUCAAUCGUAAUUACAGACAGGCCUUCAUUGCUGCCAUUCGUUGCUUCCGAAAAAAAAGAUACAUAUACGCCCAUAAGAGUGAAAUGUCUUUUUCCGGAAAUACAAAUUCGACAAGAACGAUCGCAAGCAACGCAGCCAGUUAUGAUAAAAUUCAAGAAUCAGACGAACUCUCAGAGAAAAGUCUGUGAAUGGCAGGCAGAUACGAACGAACUUUCCAGAAAAGUGCAACGUUUCGAGUGCAACAUGUAAGUGAUUAAUGUUUGAGCUAGGACUACCAACCAGGUCGCUGUAAAUAAAAUAACAGAUGUAUUUUGGGAUAUGGGUUGUAAAAUGAGUUGUCUGGAAAAUCUGACAUCCAAAAUACUCAAAGAACGUGCAAUAUGUAGUGCAAUGACGUCAACAAUAUUAUUUCUGUGAAUGGUUUAUGUGAAAUUCUGAAGUUGUUAACAGAUGAAUUGAAGACGAGAAAAAAUAAUCGAUUGCGUUCUAUUUCUAGCUUGUUUAUUACUGUUACCUGUUUAUAUUUAUAUAGGAUUUGACGUCAUUAUUGUAUUAAACUGUGUGUCAAAACUUUGUCUAUAUACCUGUCAAUGACACCCGGUUUUUUUGCAUAUCAAUCUUCUGAAUUAAGGCCAAGCUGGGACACGAGGAUAAAGUUCCGCCUUUAAUCGAUUUUUGUUCUUUUUGAUAAUGAAAGAAAUUUGUAAUGGCCAAUUUCCAGUAUUUAUUUAUUAAUUAUUUAUAUUAUUUAUUGUGGAUAAAUGAAUAAUGCAUCUUAUUCAACAAGUUAUUUAAUAGGUAAAAAGAGAGCAGCGUUUAAGAUUCAUGUGUGUCUCUGGCUAUAUAUGAUCCAUGGAUGUUACUAAAUAUCAUAAGAUCCAUGCGUGUUACUAUAUGUGAUAAGAUCCAUUGAUGUUACUAAAUAUCGUAAGAUCCAUGGGUGUUGCUAUAGAUCAUAAGAUGUGGCUGUUGCUAUAUAUCAUAAAAUCCGUGGAUGUUACUCUAUAUCAUAAGAUCGUAGAUAGAUGUACUAUAUUAUAAGAUCCGUGGGUGUUACUACAUUGUAUAUAUCACAAGUUCAGUAUCGAUAUGUUUAUUAAUUACUUUUGGAUGACAUGGACAUAUAAUUAAUACGUUCCGGUAUGACAUACAUUUUACUGUAAAUUUGAUCUGUAAAUUUGUUUAUACACGUAUUCAUGCAUUUGAUCAGUGAAUUUGUUUUACCAUACAAUUGAUCUGUGAAUUUGUUUAUACUAUAAAAUUAAUCAGUGAAUUUGUUUAUAACUAUAAUCAUUUGAUCAGUGAAUAUGUUUUAAACCAUACAUUUGAUCUAUAAAAUAGGCUUAAAACUAUAUAAUUAAUCAGUGAAUAUGUUUAUAACCAAAUGCAUAACCAUAUAUUUGAUCUGUGAAUUUGUUUAUGACCAUACAUUUGUUAGGUUCUGUAAGUCAUAAUUUUCUUUAAGGUGUAUUCCAUCCUCGAUUACUAUCGACGCUCGACAGUAAUUCAUAUUACGGUAGUAAACGAGGAUAAUGUAAUUAUUGAAA